UCACAGAAAAGCCACUCGGCUAAGAUGUGUCGCUUAGGAACAUUUUUAAUCGCACUGCUCCUGGUGAUGGCUGUUGCCCAACAAAAUAACAAAGUUCCACUAUCCGUGAGAAGAAGUCCACUUUUAGUGAUAGUUUGCCCCCCAAUGCCAAUGAUGCAGAAUGUUUUAAAGGAUAAGCUGUUGGGCUUCUGGUUCGCCUAUGCAACGACACCGCUGCCCUUUGAAAAAUAUCAGCGACGAUGCAUCUCCCACAAUGUCAAGGACAGCAGCUUCUUUAAUACCAGCAUACUUUAUGCCAACUAUCGUGGAAUGGCAAUUACAUAUCAUUGUGUAUUUGCUUCAAGAGUGCGCAGGUUUCAAAUGAUUCUUCGGCUGCUAACCCGCACGCGCACCCCCAUGCCGGAAAUCAUAUAUGAAGCGCUAGCAUUUUUGAAUAAUGUUAGCUUUCCCGUUUUUGCAUUGGAAUGGCUAAAAACCGAAGCAUUCUGCUUUGAAUUAUAUGAGCUGAAAUUCGAGACACAAAUGCGACCGAUACAUUAUCAAGCGCCCUUUAAUCAGCGCGGCGAAUUGGGCUGACGCCGACAGCGUAAACAUUAAUUGCAUAAAUGUUCAAUUAUUGUAACAUAAUUUGUGAUCUACAAAUGUUAUCGAAGAAUCACUGAUUAAAAUGAGGAAAUCGUAUAA